UAGGUGGCUCCAGUCCGAGGCAGAGAGAGAAGAAAAAUCAAUAGAAAUUUUCGUUUUAGUGAUUUGCUCUGCAUUUGGCAAUAGUUUACAACAAAAAAGCAGCAAAUAUCAAAGUAAAUCGCCAACCAGGUGGAGUUACAUAAAGCCGAGUAAUCGCGACAAACAUUCCGCAGCCAACACCCAGAAAAAACGAAGCCGUGAGAGAGCCCAAGCCCGAAACGGAGCCAACUAAUACAAAAUUCCAGCACAACCAACGCCAGCCAGCCCAGCAACCAAAACCAAAAAUUUUUCACUGCGGGCCGCCUCUCAUCGGGAUCGUGUGUACGUAUUUAAGCAUAAAAAGUCUGGUCUGACGAAGAAUUUCUACAGAACGGCGGAACUACACUGAGCGAAAGAAGCGGCUAUUUUGUUUGCAAGCAAAUAAAGUGCCCCACUCCGUCGUCGUCGUUGUCGCUUUCGUUGUUGUUGCUGCUGUCGUCGAGUUCGAGCCGAUAAGAGCGUCUCGAGACUCGGCCGCCUCCCAGGCAGAAAUUUCUUGCGCCCCCCAGUUUGCAUAAAACCAGCGAAAAUUAACAAGCUAACUACAAUGGCGCCGGUGCGGGGGGAUGGCAUGAGAGGCCUGGCAGUGUUUAUAUCCGAUAUAAGAAACUGUAAAAGCAAAGAAGCGGAGGUCAAACGCAUAAACAAGGAGUUGGCCAACAUACGAAGCAAAUUUAAAGGAGACAAAACUCUGGAUGGCUACCAGAAGAAGAAAUAUGUCUGCAAGCUGCUAUUCAUCUUUCUGCUGGGCCAUGACAUUGACUUUGGCCACAUGGAGGCGGUCAAUCUGCUGUCCUCCAACAAAUACUCAGAGAAGCAGAUCGGAUAUUUAUUCAUUUCGGUGCUGGUGAACACAAACAGCGAUUUGAUCCGCCUCAUCAUUCAGUCGAUCAAGAAUGACUUGCAGUCGCGCAAUCCGGUGCACGUGAACCUGGCGCUGCAGUGCAUCGCCAACAUUGGUAGCCGGGACAUGGCCGAGUCCUUUUCGAAUGAAAUACCCAAGCUGCUCGUUUCCGGGGACACCAUGGACGUGGUGAAGCAGUCGGCCGCAUUGUGCCUGCUGCGGCUGUUCCGUUCCUCGCCCGAUAUUAUACCCGGCGGCGAGUGGACCUCGCGCAUCAUUCACUUGCUUAAUGACCAGCACAUGGGCGUGGUGACGGCCGCCACAUCGCUGAUUGACGCCUUGGUCAAGCGCAAUCCGGACGAGUACAAGGGCUGCGUGAAUCUGGCCGUGUCGCGGCUCUCGAGGAUCGUGACUGCUAGCUACACAGAUUUGCAGGAUUACACGUACUACUUUGUGCCGGCACCCUGGCUGUCCGUGAAGCUGCUGCGGCUGCUGCAGAACUACAAUCCGGUGACCGAGGAGGCGGGCGUUCGGGCACGCCUCAACGAGACCCUCGAGACGAUCCUCAACAAGGCGCAGGAGCCGCCCAAGAGCAAGAAGGUGCAGCAUUCGAACGCCAAGAAUGCCGUCCUGUUUGAGGCCAUCAAUCUGAUCAUUCACAGCGACAGCGAGCCCAAUCUGCUGGUGCGCGCCUGCAACCAGUUGGGCCAGUUCCUCAGCAAUCGGGAGACGAACUUGCGCUACCUGGCCCUCGAGUCGAUGUGCCAUUUGGCCACCUCGGAGUUCUCCCACGAGGAGGUCAAGAAGCACCAGGAGGUGGUCAUACUCUCCAUGAAGAUGGAGAAGGAUGUUUCCGUGCGCCAAAUGGCCGUCGAUCUGCUGUACGCCAUGUGCGAUCGCGGCAAUGCCGAGGAAAUUGUCCAGGAGAUGCUCAACUACCUGGAGACGGCCGACUACUCCAUACGCGAGGAGAUGGUGCUCAAGGUGGCCAUUCUUGCCGAGAAAUACGCCACGGAUUACACCUGGUACGUGGACGUGAUCCUCAAUCUCAUACGCAUUGCUGGCGACUAUGUGUCGGAGGAGGUCUGGUACCGCGUCAUCCAGAUCGUCAUCAAUCGCGAGGAGGUGCAGGGCUAUGCGGCCAAGACCGUGUUCGAGGCCCUGCAGGCACCGGCCUGUCACGAGAAUAUGGUCAAGGUGGGCGGCUACAUCCUGGGGGAGUUUGGCAAUCUGAUCGCCGGAGACUCGCGCUCGGCACCGCUCGUGCAGUUUAAGCUGCUGCACUCCAAGUACCAUCUGUGCUCGCCCAUGACGCGGGCCCUGCUCCUGUCCACCUACAUCAAGUUCAUCAAUCUGUUCCCGGAGAUCCGCACCAACAUCCAGGACGUGUUCAGGCAACACAGCAAUCUGCGUUCGGCCGACGCGGAGCUGCAGCAGCGUGCCAGCGAGUAUCUGCAGCUGAGCAUUGUGGCCUCCACGGAUGUGCUGGCCACUGUACUCGAGGAGAUGCCCUCGUUCCCAGAGCGCGAGAGCUCCAUUCUGGCCGUGCUCAAGAAGAAGAAGCCCGGUCGGGUGCCAGAGAACGAGAUCCGGGAGUCGAAGAGCCCCGCUCCGACCUCCGGCUCGGUCAUCCAGAACAACGUGCACGUGAACAACUCACACAGCAAACUGAACAACAGCAAUGCCAACACGGAUCUGCUCGGCCUGAGCACGCCGCCGGCCAACAACGUGGGAAGCAAUAGCAACAGCACCCUCAUCGAUGUCCUGGGCGACAUAUACGGCAGCAACAACAACUCCAGUGCCGUCUACAACACCAAGAAGUUCUUGUUCAAGAACAAUGGCGUGCUCUUCGAGAACGAGAUGCUGCAGAUUGGCGUGAAGAGCGAAUUCAGACAGAACCUGGGACGGCUGGGCCUCUUCUAUGGCAACAAGACACAGGUGCCCCUCUCGAACUUCAAUCCCGUGCUGCAAUGGUCUGCCGAGGAGACGCUCAAGCUGAACGUACAGAUGAAGGGUGUGGAGCCGACCCUGGAGGCCGGCGCACAAAUCCAACAGCUGCUCACGGCGGAGUGCAUCGAGGACUAUGCCGAUGCGCCAACCAUUGAGAUCAGUUUCCGCUACAACGGCACCCAGCAAAAGUUCAGCAUUAAGCUGCCGCUGAGCGUGAACAAGUUCUUCGAGCCAACCGAAAUGAAUGCCGAGUCCUUCUUUGCCCGAUGGAAGAACCUAAGCGGGGAACAACAGCGAUCACAGAAAGUGUUCAAGGCCGCACAGCCGCUGGAUCUGCCUGGGGCACGGAAUAAGCUGAUGGGCUUUGGCAUGCAGCUGCUCGAUUCGGUGGAUCCCAAUCCCGAUAAUAUGGUCUGUGCGGGCAUUAUACACACGCAAUCACAGCAGGUGGGCUGCCUGAUGCGACUAGAGCCGAAUAAGCAGGCACAGAUGUUCCGAUUGACUGUGCGAGCCAGCAAGGAGACGGUGACACGAGAGAUUUGCGAUCUGUUGGCAGAUCAGUUUUAAGCCACACAAUCAUGGGACAGAAGCGUUGUCCGAGGGGGGGAGAAGGAGGAGAGCUACGCUACGGCAAAAACCACUUUACAAUGCACAAUCCUAAUCACCUAGAGAAAUAUCAAAGCAGCCAGCAGCAGCUGAACGAGAUGUCGAUGCCCUUUAGUUAUGUACGCCGCCGCCACUCCCAUGACCGACCUAACUACCUACCAACCACAGCAGCACUUCUCUUCUCUUCACACGUACCUUUUGUCAGUCAGUCUUCUUCUUCAGCAGCAGCAGCAGCAAGAGGGCCUCGACUUUACCUCUUGCUGGCAGUACUCUCUUUUUGUACCCCAUGCGUAUAUUCUUUUUUGUAUAAUCCACUCCUAAGUCCUAUAUCUAUACCUAUACCUAUACCUAAACCUAAACCUGUAUCCCGAAUCACAGAAUCCGCAUCAGAAUUCUUUGUAAAUGUUAAGCUCAAAAGUUCAUAGUAGGAAAGAAAGAAACGAAAGAGACAUAAUUAGAUUAUGUUUAAAAGUGUAUGACAAACAUUAUAUAUUGUUGCAUCUUUUGGAGGCAGUAGCAAUUGGAUAUUAUAUACCAUACUAUACACACACACACACACAUUAUAUAUAAACUAUAUAUAUACAUGAACAUUCAUACAAAAA